GUUCCAAUUGGUUCCUUCUUGAUCGUUAGUGAAUGAGUAAAAUAACAAAGAUCAAAUGUCAUCCAUAAUACCCACAUUAGUCUAUGUCUCGAUUGUGGCAUACUCCUAUGUGUUUUCUUUGCAUAUCAAAGCCGUCCAUGGAUACAGAGAUGAUCCGAUUAUCAUCAUUUUCAGAACCAAAAGAAUAGCGUUAGUAACCAUUGCUAAUCUUUUACUUGCUCCAUUUGUCCUUGUGCAUGUACUCAAGACAGUACCUGAUGUUAAAAGUGUCUUUAGGAUAUUGGGAAUACUUGACUUUUUCCACUUAGAAGUUUUCUCCAAGAUGCUGAAAACUCUCUUCUUGUUCAUGAUGUUAUUUUCCGGUCCACUUUUAGAUAGAAUAGUCAAUCAGGAGUACAUGGAAAGAUAUUCCUCCACCAUUGAAAUGCUAAGAGAUCUUCUUAUUGCUCCUUUAACGGAGGAAUUCGUUUAUACCUCUCUGACGACUGGAUCCAUCUUAGCGUACGAACUUUCCAAAAAACCAUUAGCAUAUUUGGCUACACCAUAUUAUUCUUCGACCGAGUUCCAUAAUAAAAAAGAAUUUGAUAUAUACUUGAAACUCAGCCCAAUACUAUUUGGAUUUGCCCAUCUGCAUCAUGCCAUUGAACUGAGAAGACAGAACAACAGCUGGGGACAGAUUAUUAUUACAUGCGUAUUUCAAUCUAUUUACACGACUUUCUUCGGGUAUUUAACAAAUCGGGUGUUCGUUAAUACUGGAAGCUUGGCUUGUUGUUUUGUUGCACAUUCAUUCUGCAAUUACAUGGGAUUUCCCAAGUUAAGUGUCUCGGGAUGCAAUUCUUACAAAAUUAUCUAUUGGGCCUUACUUCUUUUCGGCGUGUCAAGCUUUAGCUCUCGAUUUGAUAAAAUGACGUACACUGCUACGAAUAGAAUGUAAGUACGCCUUAUGUAUAUAUUGAUUCGUAUGCAGUUAUAUGAAGUUUU